AUGUUUUAUGUGCGCCGGCUUUGGCUGGCACCAGCAGCGCUGAUUUCGCUGGUUAUCUUCUUCGUCUUUCGCAAUGCCGACAAUACCGCGCGCCGAUUAAUGAACGAAGGUGGAGCGACAAGCUCAAUCCGCGUUACCAUCGCCCAUGGUGAAGACUAUCCCGUUUCCGAAUUUCUGAAGCUACCAUCUGAGGCACCCAGUCAACUCCCUCAAAUCCAAUACAACUUCGGCGGUGACUCCGAGUCGAAGCAAAAUGGCAAGAAUCUCGACCGCCGAAGGGUAGUACGCAAUACGUUUGAUCGGGGAUGGCAUGGGUACAAGAAAUAUGCUUGGAAGAGUGAUGAAGUCGGACCUAUAACAGGAGAAUACCGAAACCCAUUCGGCGGAUGGGCUGCGACACUUGUGGACGCACUGGAUACCCUUUGGAUCAUGGACCGCCACGAGGAAUUCGAGGAAGCGGUACACGUAGUCUCAGGGAUCAAUUUCACGACCACAACUCAGCCUACUUUGAAUGUGUUUGAGACCACUAUCAGGUAUAUCGGUGGCAUGUUGGGAGCGUACGACGUGAGUGAUGGUCAAUAUCCGGUGCUCCUGGACAAGGCCAAGGAGCUCGGAGAUUUCUUGUAUCGAGCUUUCGACACACCAAACCGCAUGCCUAUAUCGCGAUGGGACUGGCAGAGCUAUGCCUGGGGGACGAAGCAAGUCGCCCCCAGUGCGAUGCUAAUAGCUGAAAUUGGUUCUCUGACGCUGGAAUUUACUCGCUUAUCGCAAUUGACUGGAGAUCCAAAAUACUUUGAUGCAGUUCAAAGGAUUUCAAAUGAGCUUGAGAAGAGCCAGGACAAGACACAGCUUCCGGGACUGUGGCCUGUCAUUGUAAAUGCGGAGAAUCUCACCUUUAAUUUACCUGGCAUUUAUACCAUCGGUGGUAUGGUGGACUCACUUUAUGAGUAUUUUCCAAAGGAACAUAUGCUUCUCGGCGGAGUGACGAAUCAGUACCGGAAGCUCUAUGAAAACGCCGUAGAUGCCAUGAAAAAAUACCUAUUCUUUAAACCAAUGACUCCGACAGGAGCAGAUAUUCUCUUCUCAGGCGAUGUCUGGUACAACAAGAAGGGAACUCUCAACAUUGACCCUCGAGGCCAGCAUCUGUCUUGUUUUGCAGGCGGCAUGGUUGCAGUAGGAGCGCAAUUAUUUGACAGACCUCAAGACUUACCCACGGCUCGGAAGCUUGUCGAAGGCUGUACCUGGGCCUAUCACAGUCAGCCAUCUGGCCUUAUGCCCGAAGUCUUUCAUAUGGUACACUGCGAAGCAGAUGAUCCAUGUGAAUGGGAUAUAGAGAAAUGGCACAAUGAGGUGCUGAAAUCGCAGAAAUAUAGUGGGGAUAUCACGCGAGAAGGAGUAAAUCGUCUCACAGUUGCUGAGAGGCUUUCUCCGGGCUUUACUAAGAUUGAGGACAGGACUUAUAAAUUAAGGCCCGAGGCGAUCGAAUCGGUUUUCAUUCUCUAUCGAAUCACUGGCGACAAGUCGCUUCAAGAAAUCGCAUGGCGCAUGUUCACCGCCAUUGAGGAUGCCACAAAGACGCACUUUGCUAAUGCUGGCAUCCACGAUGUGACGAGAGCAGAUUCGCCAAAGAUGGAUCGUAUGGAGAGUUUCUGGUUUGCUGAAACUCUCAAAUAUUUUUACCUGAUUUUCAGUGAACCGAACCUCAUCAGUCUGGAUGACUAUGUACUGAACACCGAGGCCCACCCCUUCAAGCGGCCGAAAGCGAACCAUGUAUAG